CUUUUCCUAAUACUUAUAAUCAGAAAAAGUGUGCGUGGAAAAUAGAAAGAUCGCUCCUUUCUUCUCUGUUCCUUCCUUCCAUCACUCGGCUUCUCUCUGCACAUCACUGCUACCCCCAAGUACGUGAUUAGGGUUUGAGGGUUAGGGUUUGUCGGCGGAUUCACAGCUCGACUAAGAAGACAGAUGAAAUUCUCAAUGGCCUUGAACAUUUUCAGAAAGAAGACAUCCCCAAAAGAUGCUCUUCGCACCAGCAAGAGGGAAAUGUCUGUUGCUACACGAGAUAAGGAACAAUUUGCAUUGCCUCCAUGUUACUUGCUUUGUUCCCAUGUCGCUGCAGGUAUCGAACGUGAGAUUUCAUCUCUUCAAAUGGAGGAGAAGAGGCUAGUUGCAGAGAUAAAGAAAACAGCUAAGACGGGAAACGAGGCGGCCACCAAGAUUUUAGCUCGUCAACUUGUUCGUCUGAGGCAACAGAUUACCAACUUGCAGGGAAGCCGAGCUCAAGUUAGAGGUGUAGCGACUCAUACGCAGGCUCUGUAUGCCAGCACCUCGAUUUCAUCUGGUAUGAAGGGUGCAACCAAGGCAAUGGUUGCCAUGAACAAGCAAAUGGCGCCCAUAAAACAAGCCAAAGUGAUCAAGGAAUUCCAGAAGCAGUCUGCACAACUGGACAUGACGAUAGAGAUGAUGUCGGAAGCUAUUGAUGAAACGCUGGACAAAGAUGAGGCUGAAGAGGAAACAGAAGAGCUUACUAACCAGGUGCUCGAUGAGAUUGGUGUCCGUGUUGCAUCUCAGUUAACUUCAGCUCCAAAGGGCCGUAUCACACCAAAAACCGCUGCUCCCACCAGUGCUAAUAACAACAGCUCUGAAUCCACGGAGAUCGAGGAACUGGAGAGGAAGUUGGCAUCGCUGCGACGAAUCUGAGAAAUGAUACAUGAACUUUGGCAGGGCAUUUUUCAAGAGAAAAGAAGCUUCCUUUUAUAUGUAAAUCUACUGAAAUGAACACUGAAUAGAUGAACAAGAAGAUAUACUACCAUUGACAUUUUGAUUC